GGGGCCACAGACUGACUUUGGGGAGUCGGGGCUUAUGGGGACCUCGGGGCCUGGUGCCGCUUGUCGCCGUGGGCACCGGGGCGGGGAGGGGGACUGCCACCCCAAGGGGCGGUGACCGCGACCGCCGAGGGCUGGUCCUGGCUUUCAGGGUUGCUGCCUGUGCUCUAGAAAGUUGGGGCCAGGUCCGUGUAGGCCCAGGGGCGGGGCAACCCGGAUUUGUUUUGUCCCCUGCUUAGGUACGUCCCCACCUUUCACUGAAGGGAAACUGAAGCCCCUUGCGGCCACCCGGAAUGUCCGGGACUAGAGGGAGGCGCGCGGCCGACUGUCCCGAAAGUACUGCUCGGGUGGGACUUGGGUCUGCCAGUCCCGGUGCUGGAGACUUCAUGUCUGGAGUCUUGUCCGGGCCAUUUGGAGAGGGAAAAGGUUAAGAAAAUGAGGCAGAAGGAAGUGUUAGCCAAGACCUUCCAGGGCCCAGCCGUUGUUUGUAGGACUCCAAGCAGCCAUGUUUACGUGUUCAAGGAUGGCAGUGGGGACUCUGGGGACUCCUCUGAGGAAGAGUCACAUUCUGUGAUGUUACGGCCUCGGGGCAAGGAACGCCAGAAGAACAAAGUCCACCACCCUCAGCAGCCCAGAGUUGGUGACAUGGUGCUACUGCAGCGGGAGCUGGCCCAGGAGGACAGCCUCAACAAGCUGGCUCUCCAGUAUGGCUGCAAAGUUGCAGAUAUCAAGAAAGUGAACAACUUCAUUAGAGAACAAGACCUGUAUGCUUUGAAGUCAAUUAAGAUUCCAGUGAGAAACCAUGGAAUCCUCACAGAGACCCACCAAGAACUAACCCCCCUCAGGGGCCCAUCCUUGGAGACCAGGGUGACCCUGGUGGAACUGCCUGAAGACGAAGAUGCUUCUGAGGCAGAUACUCAGGGCAGCCAGUUGACAGACUUCUUCAAGGGGAUCGAUGAGAACAUCAAGCGGGCAGUGCACUCAGACAUCUUCCAUAGUGACAGCUGCUGUGUGGAGCCUCUGGAUCAGCCCUUGUUCCCCACAGCCCAGAAGCCAGCAGCCGAUGGUGCAGACUGUGGGAUUCGGUGGUGGAAUGCAGUCUUUGUCAUGCUUCUGGUUGGGAUUGUGUUGCCAGUGUUUUAUCUGGUUUACUUUAAAAUACAAGCCACCGGGGAGGCCUCCAAUGACUUGAAUGCAACUGCUAUCCCCAAUGGUUCCAUGACACUAAACCCAGUUCCAGGGCAAGCCAUCUCUGCUUCAGACAGCCAGGUCAGCCUAACCACCCAGGCAGGGACCUGAGCUUGGUUUUUCACAAUCAGUUGACCUUGGCAGUUGACUCUUAAUGUGAGUGGCUGUCACAGGUGUUUGCUGGGGGUGCUGCAUUUUGUGUACAUUUCUAGAAGUUACCAUGGCCAACUGGAUUGUAUGGACUCUGAGGAAUGCCUGGCCUAACCCAAAGCUGCAGGACACUAUUGUCCCAGCAAAAGAGGUGUUUAUAUGUGAUUUGUGACUGUUUCUUAAAGACAUUUAGGGGGCUGGUCCUGAGGGUCUUCACAGCAGCCCUGUAUGGGCAGCAGAACAUGACCAGGGACCUACAGUAUGGGUGUCCCUAAGGUUGGUUGGGGUCACCUGUCACAGAGUCCCUGCCUGCUGGGGGUGGGGUGGGGUGGGGAUGGCCUGGGCUCUGAGAUCAGGUGUUUUAUGUCUCCCCAGCAGAGGGGUUAUACAAUACUGUUGAUAUGUCACAGUAUUUUAAGAUUGACACGUUAUAGUUGUAUCAAGCCUGACUUCGUGUUUGCCUCCUCACUUGACCUGAUUAAGGCAGUGCCAUUUUGGCAGUGAGAAAGCCUCCAAUCCAAACUGCCAUUCUACGGGGUAAACAGCAGUUCUGUUCCUCACACUACGGGAGCCUCUUAGUCUGACUCAUGGGAGAGUCUCAAGCCAGACAAGAGGGGCAUCUCCACGGUGACAGCUCCCAGGAUUAUCUCAGGAACAUCUUGGGAGCAGUUCUUGCAGGUGCCUUGGAGGAAGUUCACCUGCCAUCAAGAUCCAACACGCAUUUCUGAGGCCAAGCCACUGCCAGACCAGCUGUGCCAAGAACAGCUCCUCACUCCUACCCUGUGUACUCCUGAAAUGGUGUAUUCUUUCUGCUGCCUCCCUGACUCUGUUCUUAGGAGCCAGAAGGCAGCUCUGUUCAUUCUCUUUGGAUAAUGUCCCUAGAGUAAACCUCCAAAUGCAGUGCAGCUCAUAGUAUUAAAGACCAUACACUUAAAGGAAGGCUAGAGGUGUGCAUUAAUUCUCUGUUACUGUAACAAAAUACUUGAGAUAUACAAUUUCUAAGUAGGAAAGGUUUAUUUUAGCUUAUGUUAAAGGUUUCAAUCUGUGGCCUGUUUACUUUGAGGGUAAGGGGUUGUGGUGAGAACAUGUAUCAUGGUAGGGAGUGUGGGUUGAAGCAAAUUGUUCACAUAAUCAGGGAAAAGGAGAGGCAGUUGGGGUCCCAGUAUCCCCUUCAAGGGUCUCAGGUGACCUAACUUCCUUCUACUAGGUCCAACUUAAAGGUUCCAGUACCUUCCAGUGCCAAGCUGAAGAGCAAGCCUUUGGGGGACAUACCCAAAUUCCAGCAAGGUAGCUCUGGCUAUGAUAGGCUAUAAAAUGGAGGGUAACUGACCUGAGGUGAGAGACCAAGGUUUGCCCGGUCCUUCCUCCAAAGGCAGCAGCCACCCCCUGUCCUGUAGAUGGAAGGGCUAGGGGGUCAGCCUUGGUGACUGGAAGGCAGGCAUGCUGCUCAGAUGCUGAGUUUGGGGAAUGGUCCUGUAACUUGCCACUUACACCUAGUUAUCUGACCAUGUAAGAGGAGGGCUUAGCAGAAAGGGACUUGAGCUAGGCUUUCAGUCUGUUGAUGACAAUUUGCCCAGGAUUCAAAUAGCAAAUUUAAAUCACCUUCAGAAUUAAAUGUUUUCUUAGAGACCAAAAAUGAACCUGUGAAUCUUGGUAUAAAAAGCAUUUUGGUUAUAUAAGUGCUUUUCUAGAUGGAUGGUCACGCCCAUUGUGGCUGAGAAAUUGCUCCUAACUCUUGUCAUCAUUAACUUCAGCAGGCAGGACUCAUGGGAAAUCCCUUUUGCCAGGCAAAGAAUGAAUGUGCGUAUCCUGUAUUUUCUCAAGUGGAAUAAAAGAAUUUCUUCUGU